AUGACUCCGCCCCUCUCACCACUGCCACUCAUGACUCCGCCCCCUCUCACCACUGCCAUACUCAUGACUCCGCCCCCUCUCACCACUGCCAUACUCAUGACUCCGCCCCCUCUCACCACUGCCAUACUCAUGACUCCGCCCCGUCUCACCACUGCCAUACUCAUGACUCCGCCCCCUCUCACCACUGCCAUACUCAUGACUCCGCCCCCUCUCACCACUGCCAUACUCAUGACUCCGCCCCCUCUCACCACUGCCAUACUCAUGACUCCGCCCCCUCUCACCACUGCCACUCAUGACUCCGCCCCGUCACACCACUGCCAUACUCAUGACUCCGCCCCCUCUCACCACUGCCAUACUCAUGACUCCGCCCCCUCUCACCACUGCCACACUCAUGACUCCGCCCCCUCCCACCACUGCCACAAUCAUGACUCCGCCCCUCUCACCACUGCCACACUCAUGACUCUGCCCCCUCUCACCACUGCCACUUAUGACUCCGCCCCUCCCACCACUGCCAUACUCAUGACUCCGCCCCCUCUCACCACUGCCAUACUCAUGACUCCGCCCCCUCUCACCACUGCCACACUCAUGACUCCGCCCCCUCUCACCACUGCCAUACUCAUGACUCCGCCCCCUCCUCACCAAUGCCACUCAUGA